UGAUGAACUUAAAGGCCACCUCCUGCUUCUCACCUUCUCGGGAGAGGUGACUGCUGGGAUGGGCCUAUUUUUCUUCCCAUUGGUUAGCUAUGCCAGGGAUCCAGGGUCAACAGCGAAGCAUGCCAGUCCCCAAAUAUAUUCCCUGCCUAUGUUUAACUCCUUGUCUCUGUUAUCAGUCGACUCCAAGCUGCAGCCGGAGUGUCGGCAAGGAUGAGAGAAGCAAGAAGCCUCUCCUAAAGAAAACGGUGCUCCAAAUGAUCAACGCAGAGUCAUUAUCACCGACAGACAAUCUGAUAAUGGGGCAUUCAACGACAUUGUAGAGCCUGUUGCUGCAUCUAAUCCUGCUAAUUCCACACAGAAUCUAUCAGAGCAACCCCUCCCACUCGUUCAGGACUCUGAAGACAAGCAGCCUGACAGUACAGAGGUUGGGGAAGAAGUGGUUGCCGCGGCCUGCUUGCAAGGCAGUGAAGGAGAGCCCAAUCAGGCAGGGAAGGAAAAGAAGAUGGAUAGCAGCUCCUCGGAGAGCGACAGGAGAUACGAAUCGGACAGGAAGUCCCGGGAGUCGCUGUCUCGGGUGGAGGACUCGGAUGUGGUGAGAGAUGGAUCGGAGGAGGAUGAGGAGGAUAGCUCAGGGGAGGAGGAGGAUGAGAUGGCAGUCGUCUCCAAGAAGAGGAAGAAGAAACACAAACACAAGAAGAAGAAAAAGAAGCACAGACACGAAAGGGACAAGGAUGGCAGACGGAUCAAGAAGAGUAAAUCCCAUUCAGAUAAGGACAAAGAUAAAGAAAGAACUUCUAGGUCUAGAUCCAAAUCUAAUUCUUCCUUGGAAGACGGGGAAUGUCGAUCUCGUUCGCAGUCCAAAGACAGGUUAAAAUCUCAGGAGCACGGGUCGGGUUCUAGGAAGCACUCAAGAUCAAGGUCAAAGUCACAUGACAGACAUCACAAGCAUAGGCAUAGGUCAAGUUCAAGGGAGAAACACAAGCAUAAAGGAAGUUCUAGACAUAGAUCCAGAUCUAGACACAGAUCCAGGUCAAGGCAGGGAUCUAGGCACAGAUCUAGGUCUAGACAUAGAUCGGGAUCACACGAUAGAUAUAGGCAUAGAUCGAGAUCCCACGAGAAGCAUAGGCACAGAUCUAGAUCAGGUGAAAGGUACGCAAAUAGGGCAAAGGACAGGCACCACCGCAGUAGGUCACCCGACCACUCUCGCUCACGGUCCCCCACCGAGAGAAUUGACAAGGCGAAACUGUUGGAGAUCGCCAGGGCCAACGCCAUCAAUCAGUUCCGGGCAGGGAUGAUUCCCGCCCACCUCCCCCUUCCAUCCAUGACCCCUGAGGAAGAACUAGCCAAGAAGAGUGGCGGGAAGACGGUGGAGGAGCUGACCAAGUUCUGCAGGUUUCUGUCGGAGAAGGAGAAGGCUGGGGAUGAGGAUGAGAUAGUGAACAAGCCUGUGACGGAGGAGGAGGAUGGGGAAGGACCCUUCAUCCAUCAUCCCUUCAAGGUCAAGGCCACCUCCACGUCUAUUGUCAUGAACAUCAAGGAUGCGGUUGCCAGGACACCGCUCAAUGCCCAGCAGCUGGCGGCCCAGAAGGCCGAGCUGUCCAAGCAGUUCCCCGUGUCCAGCGGCUCCCAGCACCGCAUCAAGGAGCUGGAGUGGGUCCCAGUGGAGAAGGAUGACAAACAGAAGACCAAGGGCGCCGCAUCGUCCUCCUCGGCCGUCGCUCCCGCCACGGAGAGUUCGGCAAACGCCAUCCCGGCUGCGGCGCCAGCCGCGCCUGCCGCGCCUGCCGCGCCGCCUGCAACGUCGCCCCCUCCUGUGGAGCAGCCGCCGCCCGUACCGGUACCUCCGCCUGAAGCCAAGGCAGAACAACAGACACAGAAGGAAAGUGCUCCAGUGAAACCCACAGCAAAAACACAGGCAAACAAUAACAUACAGCUGAACAUCAGUGCAAUCGUGGGGGAGAGAGUGAAGGCCCUGAGACAACUUCAGGCAAACCCGUACGAUGUCGAGGCCAUGUCCAAGAUACACAAAGCUCAGCAGCAGAUUCAGAACUGGGCAGUGUCCAGCCAGAUCCCGGGACAGUUCACUGGAACCACGGGGGUGCAGCUUCUCUCCACACAGGAACUAGCAAACACAGGCAACCAGGCCUGGGCCAAAAAGCAAGGCCUCCCAAAUGCAAAGGCCAGAACAGGAGAGGCAAGGCGGUCACGGUUCCAGACGUACCGAGAUUUGCAUUUGCAACUGAUGAUGGUGAAUCUAAAGCCCAUGGUGGCAGGCCCCAUGAUGGACAUGUUCCAGCGGCUGAACCCGGUGCAGGGCGGGAUGGGCAUGCAGCUCAUGAAGAAGAUGGGCUGGAAACCCGGCGAGGGGCUCGGCAAGGGGCAGACGGGCGUGCUGGAACCACUCACGCUGGACGUCAAGACAGACAGGAGAGGUCUGCUUGCCCAGGGUGAGAAGCAAGGCAAGAAGUCUGGGCCUGUUCCUGUCAUUAAAGACACUACUGGGAAGGACCUGUCAGGUAAGCACCCUGUGUCUGCCCUGAUGGAGAUCUGUAACAAGAGGAAAUGGAUGCCUCCAGAGUUUGUCCUGGUCCACGACAGCGGGCCUGACCACAAGAAGAACUUCCUCUUCAAGGUGAGGAUCAACAGUGAAGAGUACCAACCCACCAUAGCAAGUCCCAACAAGAAACACGCCAAAGCCCAGGCUGCUACAGUUGCCCUCCAAGCCAUGGGGCUCAUACCAAAAGAUGCUCCAGUACCUAAUAACUAGUCAGGCCUUUCUUUCAACCACAUCAGCUGGCCUUGCUCACCCCCCAUUUGGCAAAUCUUUUGUCCAGACUUAAAAUAACCUGUAGCAAAACUGGAACAGAUCCAUUCUCUUAUAGGGGUGUGGGGGUAGCUGAUUAGUUGAAAGAAAGGCAACCACUUCGAUGGAAAAUACUCCUGCAAAAUGUUGUUGUUCUUAAUGUUGGAUUUGUAUGAAAGAAAAUUUUCUGCAUAAUAAUGUAUAGUAUGAUCUAUGAAGCUUGUUUGUUCAUACUUUAGUUUUCUGUUGUUGUCGGGCAAGAGAAUUUCUUAUUGCUUAAGUUUUGUAAGAAAGACUUCUCAGUACAAAGGAGAGAAAAGGUGAUUGUCUUUCUCAUCAGAUUUAUUCUACAUCAGCACUAUGAAUUGUUCACAAUAUGUAACAGUUAAAUCUUCUGCAGCUAUCUUAUCAACAUGUUCAGAUGGACUUCAAAUCAUCCUGUCAUCAUCAGAGUAUUUUUGUAGAAUUCCAACCAUCGUAACACAAAGAUUGACAUAUUCAAAUAUGUAUUAUUACACAUACUACAGCAGUUUACAGUGCAAGACAUAGAUGUAAAUUAGCAAUUCCAUAGCACUGGUAGGUUUUUCUGAUGAUUUAACUGAAAACCACCUUAUAAAACCCACAAAUAUCAUCUGUACUGUUUUUUAAGUUGAUUGUUUUAAACUUUACGAUUAUGUAUCAUUUGUUUAAUUUAUCAUUGGAAAUGCAAUGGAAACUUCAACACAACUCAGUGCAAUGUUUGAAAAACAGUAAAUAAAGGUUGCUAGGAGAAUCAGUUGGGGCUAACAUGUGUACCUCUGUACUUCCACUUUUCCUUCAUCAUACACUGUCAUGUCUUCAGAAUCUGACAUUACUCUUAGUUGGGGGACAGAAACUCUGAGCUUGGCAAUGCAUAUUUUUCUUGAGUUUGUGAAAAUGAAAGAAUUCAGAGCAAAAGGAUUCUCUGUAUUCUUUGCAUGAGUCUAUGUCUAUUUUGUCAUAAUGGAAGAUUAUCAAUGCCAUAUUUGAGCAGUAUGAUCAUCUUAUCUGUAAUGUUAUGUGUAUUGCACUAAACUAGCACCAAAAUGUUGGUGUACAUGACUCUACAAACUAUACAUGGCAGACAUUGUUUUGGAUCUGUCUCCAUCCAGUAUUUAUUGUGCCCUUUGUUCUUAGUUGAAAAUGUUUAAGAUUAUUAUCUUUAUUUUUAAACGUAAGAGAGAAGCAGACUUCUGCCUUUCAUAGCAUUUUGAUGAUGAAAAGAAGGUGUAUAAUUGUAGUAUGUACAGUGUGUAGGCAAUGGUGCUCCAAUUUUGAAAGUGUAGAAAGUGUGAAAUAAUGUAGAUGGUCUUGCCUUGGGCAUUUCUCGUUUAGGCAAAAGAAACCAUCAGUAGUGUCUUAUGUAAAUGAUCCUAUCAUAUUACUUUUUAGUUCUAGUUUCCUGAAUUCAGCCUUCUCAUUGAGGAUAAGCUCAUUUUGCUGCAACAUCAUGUUCUGUUAGUUAAGCAGAAGUUAUCUGUAACACCUUAUGUCUUUAUCUGAAACACCUUGUCAGAUGCAGUGCAAGAACUGGUUUUAUUUAUCUGUUAUAACUUAAUUAAUUAAGCUGUGGUGCACACUAGACUGUAGUGAUCUAGGAGCUCAGAAAAUAAAUGCUCAGAUUCCAACUGUA